ACCAAAGCAAGUCUGUCCUAUUUUAAGAAUGAAAUCAAAUAAGUAAAUUUUUGGAAACGAAGGAGAGCGAUACAAUUACGAGAAUGUAGUCUGUUUUAUCGGGUAAGUUUUAUAACCGGCUGCGAAUGAUUAACCCAUGGUAACGUUCAGCAGAUGGCAGCUUUCAUGCAACGAGGAUCAACGAGGAUUCGGCAGCACGCGUGAAUUUUGGUUAAUGUUGUUUAUAACAAAGUGAAUGACAAUGUCUCUUUUCAACGUGCGGCAAUUCUUUGGCACGUUGUAUCAGCGUUACAUGUUCUCAUUACCGGCAAUACACUUAUCUCGUACGCAAAAGAUUUUUAUUAUCUGCUUCACUAGCGGUUCAAUAUUACUAGGAGGACUGGCACAAUUUUUGAAGAGACGACGAAGACACCCUAUUCCACCUUCUAAAAGGCAUUACAGAGAUUACAAAACAAGAUUAGGAAAUAUUAAGAAUGCUAAUUUUGAUGUAUUGUCACAAGCAUCUUGGGCAAGAAGAAGUGAAGCCAGCACUAGAAGUCAUAUUAGUGAUCGUGCAUCACUCAUCUCCUCUGUGCCAGGAGGUCCAGACAAUAAUGAAAAACUUACUCCGCAGCAAUAUGGUGUUCUUGGACUCGAGGCGUUGGAGAAGGCCCUUUAUUGCUGGGAAGAUGCGCUCACCGCGUUCAGUUCGACUCUUGGCAACGACACCUUGGCUCUGCCGUCGAAAGCCGAUGCGGCGUUCACUCACGAUGUGCAGGAGCUGCUCGACAUGGGCUACCAGAUCCAAAACCACGCGGAAUUGCUUUUCCUCGAUCAACACUCCGUUUUAUUCCGCAACGACAGUGAGGAGAGCCUCGAUAAACCUUCAAACUUUGGUGCACGGCUAUUUGGUUUCAGGGAUAAAGCUGACGCCGCAUCCUCGCCCGAAUCGUUCGAAUCUGCACGUGACGGGGUUGCGGAUUUACGUGAAUUCGAAGAAUUUUCAGAACUAUUUCCACACUUUGAAAAGCAAAAGCUUUAUCAUGCUGCUCUUAAACAGUACGAAGAUAAAGGCAUUCCUUGCAGGAGACUACACACAGAACUCGUAAAGUGCGGAUCAGACGUGGAAUAUUUAGCGAAAGUAUACUGCCUGCGUCAGGCCUAUACGAAAUUAUUUAAUUUACCUACGGCAACGGCAUAUAUAGUUGACGUAGGCCGUCAAGUCAUUAGCGAUUUAAUUAUGUAUGCGGAUAGGGAUCCUAAGGAUUAUUUAAUGUAUUAUGAGCGUAUGAUGGAGUUUCUACAAGAGCCACGCAAUCAUAGCAUCAUGGAGGAAGAAUUGACCGCCCGAGGUGUCAAGUGCAUGAACUUUUACGACGUGCUUAUUGAUUUCAUACUCUUAGACGCGUUCGAAGAUGUGGAGAAACCACCAUCAUCCGUCAGAGCUAUAAUUCAAAAUAGAUGGGUAUCCGCCAGUUUUAGAGAAACUGUAUGUACAUGAAUCUAAAUUUUCUAUCGCGCUUUUAAUAUUUAUCUAAUCGUCGAUUACUUUUAAAGGCGAUAGAUGCUGAAAUACGAUCAAGGCUUCUUGGCGCAUUUCUACUCCAUCUCCGAACAAAUCUCGCCGAUGUUCAUUUGGGGAUUCUUGGGUUCCGAAGAGAGCCUACGUUCUACUUGUCAAUAUUUUAAGGAACAAGUAAUCGAGUUUCUUGUAGAUAUAUUUAAUUUCUUCAAGGUACGGUACACCACGGUCGAUGAUCUUGCCGUGGAUAUUCUCAGGGAAAUGAAGCUAAGAGUUGACAAUAUAAAUCAAAGACUGUCAUUAGAAGGUUGCUAGUCAAAUUAAAUAGUUGUUUAGGCAAUAAUUUUAAUGCAAUAUAUUGAAUGCGCUUGAUAUUACAAAUUACAUUGCAUAUACUACGUUCAAUCUAUGUUGUAAAAUAAAAUGUUAAUAUCAAUAUUAAUGAAAUUAAGGCAGAUAAGUUGAUAAAAGAUGCAGCACAUCAUCGCACGUUUCAAUUUUCAUUACCGCGCCCAUAAUAAGUAAUUGUAGUAAGCAGUCUGUGAAAUUAUCUUACGAAAUAAUACCACAGAGUGACAUUGCGCACCCUUCCUGUUACCACCAAUUGGAAUCACGCAUAUGUCGAGUUUUACCUAACAUUUGAAUAUAUAAAAGUAUAUCAAUUUUGCAGAAAACAUUAACGGGCUCUAAUGUCCAGUUCUAUGAAUAUAGAAAAUAUAAAAAAAAUUAAUAAAAACAUUCACGGUAGAUUUUACAUAAAAUGGAUAUCAAAUUUAUAGGCACUAGACUUUAUUUAUAAAAUUUGGGAGAUUAAUUACGCACACUUACAAUUAAACGUAUGAUGUUAUUUAUUUUUUGACAGAAUGAGUAAACGUCUAUCAGUCAUUGUGAUACAAAUUUUGUAGAUAUUCUGUAAAUCAUUUUGCAAGAUUUGCAAGCAUGUAAAACAUUGUGACCUGUUAAUAUUUAUCAAUGUGUAACACACAGUCGCAUUUUUUAUUUUAUUUU